CCACUGGUUGUUAAAGCCUUGGAGCACAAUAUUGUGGGACGUUGACAGGAGGGUCGGAAUAGGGAGACUUUGUGAGUGUUUUGUUCUACAUCAGCGAUCAUUCGCAGUUUGUGUAACUGUUCUGCAGCGUGAAGCUUUUGAGAGAAAAAAAAAAGAAGUGCGAUCUGGUGGUUAUUAGACUUCCUGUCUGAAAUCGCAAGUCAGUCAGUCACACGUACCGAAAAUGAGAAACUUUUACUCAUAAACGCCCUUCAGGAGCCAGUGAAGGCUUCACUGUUGGAUUAAAUAACUUUGGACGACAGUUUGGCUGUUUAAUGAGAAGAUCACUGAGAUUUCACCCCAUCACUGCUGCACCGUUUCGGCGUUCAGGAUGAUGAACAGUGUGUGUGUGAUCACAGUUUUGUUCUUGGCUUCCCUCAGCUCGUCUUAUCCUCUUCAUGAUGAUGUGGACAUGGCUGAUAUAAUGACUGUGAAAACACUGGAUCGAUUUAAAGUUCACUUUAGCUGGCGCAACAUUAGCUGUCCGGUGUGUAAAGCUGUCUUCACCGUGGUGGACAUUGCCCUUUUGAGUGACUCGAACAUGGAGCAUGUGGCUCGUGCAGUAGGAGAAGCCUGUGUCCGUUUGCACUUGGCAGAGGAAAGUGUGUGCUGGGAAAUUACGGAGCUCUUCCGUGACGACUUCAUUCGUGCCCUUCAGGAGUCUCUUCUUUGGCCAUCAGAGGCCUGCGCCUUACUUGUGGGACCGUCAUGUGGUCAUUUUGACAUCUAUGCCCCCUGGAACAUCACCCUGCCCCAUGUCCCCAAACCUCCAGUGGUCCCUCCCUCACCACCCAAACCUGGCUCGCCUCAAAGCAGGGUGCUCUUCCUUACUGAUAUCCACUGGGAUGCUGAGUACUCUGAGGGCAGCGCAGCCGACUGCAAACAGCCCUUGUGCUGCAGGAACGAGUCUGGUAGAGCCAACUGGAGGCGCCGGUCUGCAGGUCACUGGGGUACCUACAGCAAGUGUGAUCUCCCACUGCGUACAGUAGAAAACCUGCUGCGGAAUGUAGCCAAGGCUGGACCCUGGGACUGGGUCUACUGGACUGGGGACAUCCCUGCGCACAAUGUUUGGUCCCAAACGAGGGCACAGCAGCUAAAUGAGCUGACUACCAUCUCCAGACUCAUCAGGAAGCACCUCGGACCUGAUGUUACCGUGUACCCAGCCGUGGGCAACCAUGAGAGCACACCAGUCAAUAGCUUUCCUCCUCCAUUUGUGCACGGCAAUCGUUCUUCCCGAUGGCUAUAUGACACCAUGGCAGAAGAAUGGGCUCCCUGGCUGCCUGCACAAGCUCUGAAGACUUUGCGCCGAGGAGGUUUCUACACGGCUCAGGUUCAGCCAGGUCUGAGGGUGGUGUCGCUGAAUAUGAACUUCUGUGCAAGGGAGAACUACUGGCUGAUGGUGAACUCCACAGACCCAGCGGACCAGCUUCAGUGGCUUGUACACAUCCUGCAGGAGGCUGAAAACAAGGGAGAAAAGGUGCACAUUAUUGGCCAUAUCCCCCCUGGACUCUGUCUGAGCAGCUGGAGCUGGAACUACUAUCACAUAGUCAACAGGUACGAGAGCACUAUAACAGGCCAGUUUUUUGGACACACACACUACGAUGAAUUUCAGGUGUUUUAUGAUGAAGAGACACUGACCCGAGCAGUUGGUGUGGCUUACAUUGCUCCAAGUGUAACCACUUACAUUAACCUGAAUCCAGGCUACCGUGUAUAUUAUAUUGAUGGUAACUACUCUGACAGCAGUCGUCUAGUAUUGGAUCAUGAGAACUUUAUCCUCAAUCUCACCUUGGCAAACGGUUUUCAAGAUAACUCAUCAUGGUUGCCAAAACCUGACCCGGACCCAGCGUGGACAUUGCUGUACCGGGCCUCUCAGGCCUACGGUGUGCCUGCCUUGUUCCCCGCUCACUGGGAAGCUCUGGUCCGAGCCUUCAUUACCAAUGACCACAUCUUCCAACAAUUCUGGUACUUUAUGCACAAAGGCCAUGUGUCAGAGCCCUGCAAGGAUGUGUGUAAGAGCACGCUGAUCUGCUACCUGCGCAGUGGCCGUUAUGACCUGCUGGAACAGUGUGAUCGCAUUGAUGAAGUCAAGAAGACGAGAGUACGUUCUGUCAUAAAGACUCUGUGCUGAUCCAGUUAGACACUUGCCGAAGUUAAGAAUUCCACAGCUAGUAUAAAUGAGUUAAUUAUCACUAGUGAUUUCUCAAAAUUGGAAACUUUUGUGUUGUUUUGAAAAGUAGGAAUUUCACUGAGCCAAGUUUUCAGGGUUUCUAUAAUGUCAUAUGCACUUUGUGAUAAUGAUUGUGCUAUUUGUUAUCCAAAGAUCAGCCUGUUUGGAAUCACUGUUUCAGGAUUAUUUUAUUAAUGCUUGGCACUGAUUACUAAUUACAGUUAAGUCAUUGUGUGUUUGGAUGGAAUGCUGUGGCUUUUGUGGUAGAAACGCAUUUCUGGCUAGCUUGUAUUGUAGUUAGUGACAGUGCUGUGCAAUGAUGAAACAACCUUAAAAUGAAAAAUCCAUUACAUUUAAUUGAAGAACUAGAAUGCACACUCAUGCUAAAACCUCAGAUGAUGUAAAGGUCAUGGUAUUGAAACUGCACUCUUAUGUACUUUACCUCCUACCAUUGUAGACUUCCUGCUUGUUUCAUAAUGGAGUGCAGUGAUAUGAUUUAACCACAGCACCAAUUUUUUUUUUUUUUUUUUAUCACUGCUUCUGCUAUAUUUACUAGGACUGAUUUCAUGUCAGACCAUUGAUUUUCAAAGCUAUAGUGUAAGCUUUUCAGUUUGGAUAUUACUCAACAGUAGAAUGUUACACAUAGCAAUUUCCAUUAUAAUUUACAGUUGACCUUACCUUGGCCUUCAUAGCCCAGAAUGUAGCAGAUUGCACAGUCUCUAGUAACUGAGAAUACUGUUGAGUUUAGAAUGUAUGUGAGUGUAAAAUUGUUGAUUUAACUGAUGUAAAUGUUGAGUGAAAGAUUAAAUUUAAAAAUUCCACAAUCCUA